UCAAGCAGAAACAGUAUGCCAGUCUUACGGCCAAAAGCGAAAGAAGGCGGCCAGCCUUGUUUAGCAGCAGCAGCAGCAGCAGCCUCCCACGCCUUCGCGCCAGUGCCGCGGCCGCACCAACCCCGCACCGAAUCCCUACUCAGGUGCCAAGCAGAGCCCCAAACCCCCAACACCGCUCUCUACUCUCCCUCCCCGUCCCCAGCGCAGUCCGGAAGUCCCGCCCUGCUCUCCGGAAGGGAAGCCUGGCGUGGAGGUCAAGCCGGGCAAGAUGGCGGCGCCCAGGGAGCGGUGCUGAGAGAACCAAAGGGCAGGGCGGGCACCGGGCCCUGGGCUCCAGCCCUUCCACGUCGUGCCCCGUCUUGUUCAUCACAGGAAUGUUUUUGUAGAGCCUUCAAGAAAAAAGCCAUGCAGCAAGUGCCGUGCAAGUUUGCGCGUUUCUACAGAUUUACCAAAGAAAGGAGGGUUACAUUUCAGCAGUUAAACUUCUUCAUGCGAAUGUAUGUCACACAGCACAACAAAGUGCUCUGUCAACGAGCAAAACUGAAGCCAGAAUCACCUACCCCUCCUCUCCUUGAAGGACAGCAUUUGAGAAGGGAAAAAACGGUUAUCCAUGAGGUGAGAUCGGUUUCACCUCUUCUGCCACCUUUGUCUGAGAAACCUGUGAUAAAUGAAUCUGAAGAGUGCAAGUCCAUGGCAAUUGCUGAGGGCUCAGAAACUGCCACGGGGACUGCAUCCAAGGAAGAAAAACAGUGGAAAGAGAUGAAACUACAGCUGGAUGAUUUACCAGGCAUUUUGGCUCGUUUGUCCAAAAUCAAACUUACAGCCCUGGUUGUAAGUACUGCCUCAGCUGGAUUUGCAAUGGCACCAAUGCCCUUUGAUCUAACGUGUUUCCUGCUUGCCUCCCUUGGAACUGGUCUCUCAUCAUGUGCAGCUAAUUCCAUCAAUCAGUUCUUUGAGGUUCCAUUUGACUCAAAUAUGAACAGGACAAAAAACAGACCCCUGGUGCGAGGACAGAUCAGCCCUCUGCUUGCCGUCUCUUUCGCUGUCUCUUGUGCAGUUCCAGGAAUUGCCCUGCUGACCCUGGGAGUAAAUCCUCUUACUGGGGCCCUUGGAGCCUUCAACAUUAUCCUGUAUACAUGCUGUUACACACCACUGAAAAGACUUAGCAUUGUCAAUACAUGGGUAGGAGCUGUGGUUGGUGCCAUUCCCCCCAUCAUGGGCUGGACAGCAGCAACUGGCAGUCUGGAUGCAGGAGCAUUGCUGCUGGGAGGGAUUCUUUACUCCUGGCAGUUCCCUCAUUUCAAUGCACUGAGUUGGGGCCUCCGCGAAGAUUACUCACGAGGUGGCUACUGCAUGAUGUCUGUCACUCAUCCUGCAAUGUGCCGACGCGUAGCUCUGCGUCAUUGUCUUGCCUUGAUUGGACUUUCAUCAGUGGCUCCUGUCCUUGACGUCACCACGUGGACCUUCCCCAUAAUUUCACUCCCCAUCAACCUAUACAUUUCCUACCUUGGUUUUCGUUUCUACAGAGAUGCUGACCGUAGCAGCUCCCGAAAGCUAUUCUUCUGCAGCUUGUGGCACUUGCCACUGCUCCUCUUGCUCAUGCUAACAUGCAAGAAAUCGUUAUAUGAAAAGGACAGCAAAAAAGAAUCCAUCAACUGAGAUCACAACACUGUGUUGUAAAAGGAACAUUCCUUUGAGAUAUCCGGGAUUUCAGAAGCUCCCAAUCCAAAGGGUGUAUUUCAGUGAUCAUGCAAAGAGGGGAUAUUUUUGUUGAUGUGUUCAGAGAGAAUAUUUCAUGUCCAGUGAACAAUCUGUUUUCAAAUUAAAUUAUUUCUUUUGGGGCACA